AGCCCAACACUCCGACUUCUAGCAGUGUAAAAUCCGCACCACUGGGGACAUAUCGAACGGCAGACUUUAUCCAGACAAGGCAGUAAGAGUUUCCUGCACCCAAAACGGGUUUUGAAAAGGUCCUAGGAACAAGGGCGGACAAGAGAUACGCUACACCCAGCGAGAUGGUCUCGAUCCUCCCGCACCCCGCUUCCCUCUCCCAUUUCCCAUUGCUUCCCACUUCCAGGCUCGUGCUUAUCGUGAGCCGCUGCCGCUGCAACCGGCCACCCACUUCCCACUUCCCACUUCCAGCGUCCCACUGGCCGCUGCCUACCACUUGCCGUGCCCCGUUCCAUCCAAGCCAGCUCCCCGCUUCCCGCGUUCCGCGCCACGCUCCCGCUCGCCGCUUCCUACUCCCCGCUUUCCGCAUCUCUCGACCUGCUCCCAGCUUCCCGCCUGCCUGAGGUUUCCUGCUGCCUCCCGCUUCCCGCUCCCCGCGUUCCGCAUCCCGCUUCCCGCUACCCGCGUCCCGCUUCCCUCUUCCCGCCUCCUGCUUCCCGAUUGCUUCUCCCGGUUUCCCGCUUUCCGCUCCCUCUUGCCGCGUCCCCCUUCCCGCUCCCCGCUUCCCGCUUUCGUCUCACUCUCACGCUGUCCGUCCCUCUCCCUCUCAUGCCAUCCGUCCCUCUCCCACUCUCGCUGCCCGUCCCUCUCACUCUCAUGCUGCCCGUCCCUCUCACUCUCAAGCCGCCCGUCCCUCUUCCUCUAACGCUGCCCAUCCCUCUCACUCCCACGCUGCCUGUCCCUCUCCCUCUCACGCUGCCCAUCCCUCUCACUCCCACGCCGCCCAUCCCUCUCCCUCUCACGCCGCCCGUCCCUCUCCCUCUCACGCUGCCCGUCCCUCUCCCUCUCAUGCUGCCUGUCCCUCUCCCUCUCACGCUGCCCGUCCCUCUCCCUCUCACGCUGCGCGUCCCUCUCCCUCUCACACUGCCCGUCCCUCCCCCUCUCACACUGCCCGUUCCUCUCCCUCUCACGCUGCCCGUCCCUCUCCCUCUCACGCCGCCUGUCAAACUCACCUCCUCUCCCACCCCCCUAUUGUUCCCUUCCUAGUUUCUCACGGUUUGAGUGUAGUCCGUUGCUCCUCCUCCGCCUCCGUGCAUAGCCUUGAGGAACUUCUCGUGCAGUGAACCUGCAAAUGCAAAUCUUGCGCUGGUCUUCCCCUCGCUCUCUUCCUCUCCUUUCUACUCAUUCUAUCUCACACCCCUUUCGUUUGCACACGAACGUCAUGCCUUGCUCCCAAUACCCCCGUUCCUCGUGCUCUGCUGCCCAUCCUCUCCAUCCUCUCUCGUUCUGCCCAAUACCUCACACACGCUUCUCCCCUCUUUCUCCCUCCAUGCCCAUCCCUCUGGCCCUCUGUCCUCCCAUCCCUCAUACCCAAAUUCUUGCAACAUUGUGCUCUGUGAGGUACUUAGGGGUGGCAGCAGAGGAUGUAACAAGGGUCGAUGCAAGGCACCUCAAAGUGGCGCCCACACUUGCAUAUACCAAUGGCUCAAUAUCUCAAACACUGUAGCCAUCCUUCGCUGUGGCAUGUUUAUAUAACUCGUGGCAAUUGUGCAAACAUCUCCCAUA